CAAAAGGGAACACGUCACUGGUGUCACAAAGAGACGAACUCGUGUGAUUGAAUGAAUGAUUGAUGACGACAAGGAAAAUGCAAAUCUCGCUGUCUCAUUCAUGGUUAGAUUGUCUCUCUCAAACCAUUUUCGAACCCAGAAGAAAGACAAAAGUGUUCGUGUAGUAAGCGGCGAGUUUUCAGAAAGCUGUGUCCUUUUUCUAAAAUUAUAAUGGAGAAGAUACUGAGAUGUGUCCGGUGGGGUUAUGAGGUUAAUGCCUCUUCCGAUGAUUGCACCGACGCAAUUGACUCCUAUUUUCAACAGGUUCUUAGUUAUGGUAGGAAUCGGAAAGUGAUUCUAGAAGCACCACUCUACGACAAAGAUUGUGUCUUGGGCAACAUUUUGGCUGCUCAUCACCUUUCUUCAUCUGACCCUUCUAGAGCUAAAUCCUACGUUGAAGCUGCGGAAUCCAAUCUCGAACAUUCUACACCUUAUGAGAAGGCGGUUUUCGAGGCUGUUAGUUACAUGAUCUCCGAAGACAGGGAUGACGAUUUGGCUUUUGAAAUGCACACUGAGCUGCUUAAAAGAUUCCCAAAGGAUUUGGUUUCUCUGAAGAGAGCACAUGUUAUAUGUUUUUACAUGGGCCAACCUGAUCUCUUUCUGGGUCUUGUUCAGCAGGUUCUACCUGCGAAUCAAGAAGAAAGUUACAUACACGGUAUGCUUGCGUUCCCAUUGUUAGAACUUGGUCGAAUGGAAGAAGCUGCAGAAGCUUCCAGAAAAGGCUACGAGAUUAACAAAGAAGACGCCUGGGCACAUCACUGAGGGUCACCAAUGAGUAAAGUAGAAGAGAUUUAUGAUAAUCGCAUCUGGAAAGAACUGGAGAGAAACGACGCUGUUCCUCCCGAGGUUUAUCUCAAUGCUCUGGGUUUGUUGUUGCGUUUGGAUGUAAGAGAUGCUCUUGAUGGUUUUGAAGACCGUCUCAAAGUACUUGCAGCUCGAUUGACUGAUCAGGCAAACUGGUAUUUGGAGUGGCACCUUGAUAUAUUGAUAGUUUGGGCAUUAGCAAAGGUUGGAGAGACUUCAAGAGCUCAAGAGUUACUCGAGGGUCUGAAGUUCCGAAUAUCGAAGAUGAACAAGAAGAAACAGCAAGUGAUGCAGAAAGGGAUUCAGCUAGGAGAAGCUGUGUAUGAAUACGCAAGGGGAAACUACAAACCGGCUUUAGAACUACUCGGAUCAGACUUUAACUCUGUUGCUUACAAGAUCAUUGGGGCAUCAGAUGAACAGAUUGAUGUUUUCAACGAAAUGUGGUGUCAGCUGCUGCUAAACGCAGGCCAAUCCUCCACUGCCAAAGAAGUGAUCAGAGAGAGGAUAAAAGUCAGAGAUGGUGUUCCUUUCAUGUGGCGUUUGCUGGAGAAGAGUUACGUCCUGGAAGGCAAUGCAGAGGCUGAGAGUGCAGGAGAGAGAGCUAAGAAGCUGGAAUCUUCUUACUUCUGAAUUAGAGAACUUAGAACUGCCUCUUAAGUCUUAAUAAUAACUUAGUGAAAGUGUUUAAAUGCAUCUUUUUUUGUAUAGAGUAAAAUCUUUAAAAUCCUUCGAAACUGGUGUUUGUACUAAAGUAAAGCAGCAUUUUACUUGUAAAAGAAAUACAUAUUUUUAUUUAUUUGACAAAGAUGUGUUUUGGGAACAUUUUAGCUGCUCAUUACCUAUCCUCAUUCUAACGCGUGAUGACUGAUGUUGCAGCUGCUAUGUACUAUACCGUUGGGCACAGCAAAAGUAAAAAGGUUUCAGAGGCUCAUUGGGUACUCUAUCUACCAUAGCAAGAGAAGAAGGUCAAAUGUGACUUUAUUUGGGAUAUAUAAAAAGAUUCUUGCAGCAUUGUUAACCGGAACUAUAGCCAUUGUAGUAGCUAAUCCAACUGAUCUUGUUAAAGUUUGGCUUCAGUCAGAAGGAAAAUUAGGCGCUAUGCAGGACGCUAAUUCCACCAUCGUUAAGCUGCUCCUUCUCCUCGGAUUCACUAUAAAUCUCCUCAUGGCUGAAACUGAGAAGAAGACUCUUAUGGAGAUGGAGCGGAAAUUGAAGAAAGAAGAGAAGGCUAGAGAGAAGGAGAUGAAGAAGCAAAAGGCUUUGGAGAAAGCAAAGCUCGGGGAAGUGAAGGCUGCAAAACCAAAAACACUCACCGAGAAGAAUCGGCAAAGAUGGCGAGAAUCCUUCAGACUUUGUCGACCCAGAAACUCCUAUUGGCGAGAGGAAAAGGCUAUCUUCACAGAUGGCCAAGCAGUACAAUCCUUCUGCUGUAGAGAAAUCAUGGUAUCAAUGGUGGGAGAAAUCAGAGUUUUUUUAAAGCUGAUUCAAAGAGUGACAAACCCAAGUUUGUGAUGAUUCUUCCUCCUCCGAAUGUCACGGGAGCUUUGCAUAUUGGACACGCACUAACAUGUGCAAUCGAAGACGCACUCGUUCGUUGGAAGAGGAUGUCUGGUUUUGAUGCUCUGUGGCUUCCUGGAUUCGACCAUGCCGGUAUAGCUACACAGGGAGUGGUGGAGAAAGAGCUCACGCACAAAACAGGAUUGACCAGAAAGGACAUUGGCCGUGAAGAGUUCUUGAAAGAAAUCUGGAAGUGGACACAUCAAUACAGUGGCACGAUACAAACACAGUUACGCCGUUUGGGAUCUUCCCUAGAUUGGUCUCGUGAGUGUUUCACAAUGGACGAGCAGAGAUCAAAGGCUGUCACUGAAGCGUUUGUGAGGUUGCACACGGAAGGGCUUAUCUACAGGAGAGAUCGGAUUGUUCACUGGGACUGUUUCUCAGGGACAGCUUUAUCUGAUCGUGAGGUUGAGCAUAUUGAGGUCAAAGAAAGAACACCAAGGAAAGUUCCUGGGUAUGAUGAGCUCGUAGACUUUGGUGUGAUGACUUCGUUUGCAUACCCUCUCGAGAGAGGAGGAGGAAAGGUUGUUGUUGCCACUACUAGAGUGGAGACAAUGCUCGGCGAUACCGCCAUUGCUGUUCAUCCCGAUGAUGUAAGAUACAAGCAUCUUCACGGAGGGUUUGCUGUGCAUCCCUUCAAUGGAAGGAAGCUACCAAUUAUCUGCGACGAGGUUGUUGAUCCAGAGCUUGGCACUGGCUGUCUUAAGAUCACUCCGUCAUAUGAUCCCAAGGACUUCGAGGUUGGGGAGCGCCACAAUCUGGAGUUUAUCAAUGUUUUCACGGAUGACGGAAGAAUCAACGUCAAUGGCGGGCAAUUCGUAGGGCUGCCACGGUUUAAGGCUCGUGAAGCUGUUAUAGAAGCUUUGCGUGAGAAGGAGCUGUACAUAGGUACGGAGAGCAAGGAAAUGAAAAUUGGAGUUUGCUCAAGAAGUGGUGAUAUUGCUGAGCCUAUGAUAAAGCCUCAGUGGUAUGUUGACUGCAGAGAAAUGGCGAAGGAGGCUCUUGAUGUUGCUGAUGACGGGAAGCUCGAGUUUUUCCCAAAGAAUUACUCAAAAGAAUGGAGGAGAUGGCUUGAAGACAUGCGUGACUGGUGCGUCUCGAGACAGAUUUGGUGGGGGCAUAGAAUACCGGCAUGGUACGCUACUCUAGAAGAAGAUGAGCGUAAGGAAGCAGGUGCUUACAAUGACCAUUGGGUUGUUGCUAGAAAUGAGGAAGAAGCUCGCGAAGAGGCUGAGCAUAGAUUUUCUGGGAAGAAGUUGAUGGAUCUCUCUCAAGAUCCUGAUGUUCUUGAUACAUGGUUUUCUUCUGGGCUCUUCCCGUUGUCUGUUUUUGGAUGGCCAGAUGAAACAGAGGACUUCAAAGCUUUCUACCCCGUCUCUGUUCUUGAAACUGGGCUUGACAUUCUCUUUUUCUGGGUUGUUCGAAUGGUUAUGCUGGCAAUGAAAGCACGUGAUGGGGAUGUUCCUUUCAACAAGGUUUAUUUGCAUCCUAUGGUACGUGAUGCACAUGGGCGCAAGAUGUCAAAGUCGCUUGGAAACGGCAUUGAUCCGCUUGAAGUCAUUAACGGUGAGACUCGCGCGGGUCUUCACACCAGGUUAGAGAAAGGUAACUUGGAUCCAAAGGAGCUCCUUGUUGCCAAGGAGGGACAAGUGAAGGAUUUUCCAAAUGGUAUCCCUGAAUGUGGCGCUGAUGCUCUGCGAUUUGCUCUUAUAUCUUACACUGAUCAGUCGUAUAAUGUGAACAUGGAUGUACUGCGUGUUGUUGGUUACCGCCAGUGGUGUAAUAAACUGUGGAACGCCGUUCGAUUUGCGAUGAUGAAGCUUGGAGAUGGUUAUACUCCUCCUCUGCACACUCUAAGCCCUGAAACCAUGCCCUUCAGCUGCCAAUGGAUUCUCUCUGUGCUAAACAAGGCAGUCUCAAAGACUGUGGAUUCAUUGAAUGCUUUCGAGUUAUCAGAUGCAACCAGCACAGUGUAUUCAUGGUGGCAAUACCAGUUUUGUGAUGUGUUUAUUGAAGCAAUCAAGCCUACAUGUUUCUCUGCUGAAAACACAGGAAGGAGCGAUGCACAAGACGCUCUGUGGGUAUGUCUCGAGACUGGUUUGAGAUUGCUGCAUCCGUUCAUGCCUUUCAUCACUGAAGAGCUGUGGCAGCGUUUGCCUUCACCGCAAGGCUGUGAACGGAAAGCUUCCAUCAUGAUAUGUGACUACCCAUCUCCCAUAGAGAAGUGGGCUAACGAGAAGGUGGAGACCGAAAUGGAAUUGGUUAUUGCGACGGUGAAAACUCUUAGGGCACUGAGAGCUGCAGAGUCGGUAGAGAGGCAGAGGAACGAAAGGUUACAUGCGUUUGCUCUGUGUGGAAACGCAACAACACUGGAGAUUGUGCAAUCCCAUGAGCUGGAGAUCAGAACUCUGGCAAAUCUCUCAUCCUUUGAGGUAAUGUUGAAGGGAGAAGAGAAAGCAGCUCAAUGUGGAUCUGCUGUUGUUGAGACUGUGAACGAGAACCUCAAAGUGUAUCUCAAAGUGGAUGGAGCAGCAAACAACCCAGAAGCUGAACGUGAGAAAAUGAGAAACAAGAUCGAAGAAUUGCAAAAGCAAAAGGAGAAGCUGCAGAAGAUGAUGGGCAUGAGUGGAUACGAAGAGAAGGUCCCUGCAAACAUAAAGGAAGACAAUGCGACGAAGCUUGCGAAGCUUCUUCAAGAGCUUGAUUUCUUUCAGGACAAUUGAGCUUUUAUAGAUUUUUUCACUUUUCUUGUCUUGAGUCAUUUUUUUUCUAGAUUAUCAAGUUUUGAGUCAAUAUAGAUCUUUGCUUUAGAUGAAACCAGCUUUCUCUUUGCUAACUUUUAAAAGCGUGUCACAAAUAACUUUUGGACUCACUUUGUAUGUCAACUUCCUGUUCUUCUUCUGGAUUUCAAACUCUGAAGCUUCACUUUCUUCCUCAAAUUCAGUGAUACCAAGAAAAGUAACAAAGCCUUUG